UCAGUUUCAUCCUUUGUAACUUUCCCACUUGGAACUCAACUGAGAUGCUCAACUUGCGAGGAGCCGCGGAGCACCGAGCGCUCUCGGCUCCAGCUUCAGCCGACGGGAUCCUAAAGGCGGAUUGCUACGCAGCAAUUUCCCUCGCAGCCCGUUAGCCACCCAAACGCCGGAAACAACCGGAGCGUCUACCGAAGCGUCCGGAUCGCCCUCGGGAAGGCACGAGCGCCGCACGGAGAGGGCGAAAAGUCAUACACACGCCCCCCCCCCACCCCCGAGGUGUUCGAGGAAAACCCCCCGAGGCUCCCACACCACUGAUCUCUUCCAGCGGUCGGGGCAGAUCUGCAGUACUGGGUUGGCAAUGCCGUUUGGAUGUGUUACCCUGGGAGAUAAAAAAGAUUACAACCAGCCCUCUGAAGUGACUGACAGAUAUGACCUGGGGCAGGUCAUCAAAACAGAAGAGUUCUGUGAGAUAUUCCGUGCGAAGGAGAAGUCAACAGGGAAGCUCUAUACAUGCAAGAAGUUUCUGAAAAGGGAUGGGCGCAAAGUACGGAAGGCCGCCAAGAAUGAGAUCAUCAUCCUGAAAAUGGUGAAACACCCCAAUAUUCUGCAGCUGGUGGAUGUGUAUGUCACCAAGAAAGAGUACUUCCUCUUCUUAGAGCUAGCCACUGGCCGGGAGGUAUUUGAUUGGAUCUUGGACCAAGGUUACUACUCAGAGCGUGACACCAGUAAUGUCAUCCGGCAGGUGCUGGAGGCUGUGGCAUACCUGCAUACGCUCAAGAUUGUACAUAGGAACCUCAAGUUAGAGAAUUUGGUAUAUUAUAACCGACUAAAGAACUCCAAGAUUGUAAUCAGCGACUUUCACUUGGCCAAGCUGGAGAAUGGACUCAUCAAGGAACCCUGUGGAACUCCCGAGUAUCUUGCUCCUGAGGUGGUAGGGCGCCAACGAUAUGGGCGGCCUGUAGACUGCUGGGCUCUUGGUGUCAUCAUGUACAUCCUUUUGUCAGGGAACCCACCCUUCUAUGAGGAGAUGGAUGAAGAUGAUUAUGAGAACCAUGACAAAAACCUGUUCCGUAAGAUCCUGGCUGGUGACUAUGAGUUUGAUCCUCCAUACUGGGACGAUAUCUCCCAAGCAGCCAAGGAUCUGGUAGCCCGUCUGAUGGAGGUGGACCAAGACCAGAGAAUUACAGCAGAGGAAGCUAUUUCUCAUGAAUGGAUUUCUGGCAAUGCUGCUUCAGACAAGAACAUAAAGGAUGGAGUGUGUGCCCAGAUUGAGAAAAAUUUUGCAAGGGCAAAAUGGAAGAAAGCUGUUCGAGUGACUACAAUGAUGAAGAGACUUCGAGCAUCAGAGCACACAGAUGGAGCCAAGCCAGCCACUUCCACUGCUGCAACAACAGACAGUCCUGCCACAACAGAGACCACCAAUGCCCCACAGGCUAAAGCUGAAGCAGAUGGCACAGCGCCAACCACUACCACUGAAGCAGUGCCAGCAACAACAGCAGUGGCUCCAGAUCCUGCGGCAGCAAGCUCAGAAACAACGCCAGAAACUCCCGCAGAAACUCCAGCAACAACAUUGUCAGCGCCAACUACGUGUAAUGGGGAAGAAACCACUACCCCUAGUGCCACCCCAGAGUCCCAUCAUGAGGAGACUGGCUGAGUCAGGGGAGUAGGGCAAGGGUGGGAUUGCACCUCUUUGUUAUAUCUCUCUUUGUAAAUAAUCACUGGCAUGGUACCCCAGUCUCUCCUGGCUUCCUAAACAACCCCUCUGCGUGUGGCUGUCAGUCUGUCUGACUUUACAUGUCUCCAGCUAGAUUCCGGCAGAGCUUCUGUUUUUUAAUGUGACAGAGUCCAGAAUGGCCCAGAUAGGCCCAAGUGAACAAACGGUUCUGGAGACCCAGCCCAUUGCAUGAAAUUCUAUCUCUGUGUUGCUUUCCUUUUCUUUGUCAUGUUUGGUAACCUUUGUUAAAUUUCUUUUCUUACUUCUAGCGGUCCAGGGCAUUCUCUAUCAGUCACUCCUUCACUUGCUACCCAGCUUUCUCAAUCUGGCAGCUUCACAAGAUACUGAAGAUCUAUGAUCAGAACUCCAGAUAUCUUUUCUUUAAAAAUAAACAACAAGGGCCUAAAUCAGAGCUAUGGUGUCAGUGUAGGGGAGUGACCCUUUCCUACAUGGAUUUCCCAAGAAAACACCUUCUGAAGGGAGGAUUAAACACCCAUGGCUCUGCCACAAAGAAUUCAAAUUGGGGUCACCACUGCAGAUGCUUUUAAAGAAAAUUAGAGAUACUUGGUCAUCCAAUCAUGGAUCUUUAUCAGUUGCCUUCUGAACCUAGUUGUGAGGAGUUAGGGCAACCAGAUCAGACAUAAGAGCCAUACCCUUCAGUUGAUUACUCUGCUAUACCCUGGAGGUAGGGAGAAUGGAGGGUCAAAGGAGGGGUUGGGACACAGAGACAGGUCCAGGUAAGGCCUUAUUGGGUGAGAAAGAGCUCCACACUCUGCCAUAUUAGAGCUGCCACAUUAGACAUACUCAUACAGGACACAAGUGGAAUCCAUGUGCUUGGGUGCAGGUGAGUUCUUCCAUAACAACUUACCUCCAUGUCAGUCAUAUGGUUAUGUGUGUACAAAAAUAUGUACGUCUGUUUGUGCUGCCACACAAGGGUCAAUUUAUGGACACAGCUGAGGUGUGCUGUUCCUGUGCUUGUCUACAUGGAUACAAUCCUGUCUGGAAAACUAACUUUCCUCACUCAAUUGGCUGCCUUGCAAGUUUAAAGGCAAAUGGGAGGUUGCAUUAUAUUUCAUGGUUUGCUAUCUUAUCCCAAUAAUUCAAGGUAGAUGAUCAUAUAUGGGAGAUCCAAGAGGGAGUUCUCGGUUACAAGGAGUUGUUAGUAGAAGUCAGUGCUCAAGAAGUAGUGAGGUUAUAUAUCAGCAAUAAAAAAUUUGCUUUGUAUGUAGAAGGUCCAGGCUGAAUCCCUGUCAUCUCCAGUUAAAAGAAUUAAGUAACAGGGUUGAGGUUAAGUAACCACAGGUUUAAGCAGCAGGGUGAAAGACAUAUGCCCAAGAUCCUGGAAAAUGAACACUACAGACCAUGAAAAAUGAUCUGUUUGAAUAAGUAUAGGGCAGUUUCAAAUGUGUGCUGAAGAGGCUAAAAGCUUCACUGAUUAUCAUUGAAGACAGAUAGAUCCUAACCCAAGACAAACUCUAUUGGUGAAGUCUACUGGUGGGCACAUUUGAAUGAAACUUCAUAACUGCAUUGUUUGAUUCAAACCGUGAGAGCAGAAGUGUGAGGGGUUUUUUUUAGGGGGGUGUUGAAACUAUAAAAAGUUGUGUUGAAUAGGAUGAGCAGAAGCAAAGGACAGAUCUCCUGUCCCUUUAUGUUAGCAGAAAGAAUCUCUGCAGCAGUUUCCACCUCUGAGUGACAGAAUGUACCAUUCAAAAUUGUUCAGGAUAACUAAAAAGUACACUGGUAAAAAAGAAAUAUGGCAUUUUCAGUAGGAUGGAUUUAAAUAGUGAGUUUGAAUGGCAACAGCAGCAAAAAGGGGUCACAAAAUCAGCAAGGUGGAGUGGAGACAGGAAGAGGAUGAGCAGUAAAAUGAUCUGCAGGAGUCAGCAGCUAUAAGAGAAGGAAACAAACUGGCACAGUAUAAAAAGAACACAACCUUCUACAUGCUGUGAACCAGAUCACAGGCCUUCCAAGAGCUGCAGUAGGCAAGCAGCUCAGGUACCAAAGGUGAAAGUAAAAGCACAUUCUCUUUCAUCCUGAAAGAUGCUCACUGUGUUCCAAAAGCCAGCGUUUUCAGCCUGUGUAAUAAACAAUGGAAUUCUCAUUCUGUCCUCAUUCUGUACUGCAAUUCCCCUGUCUGCAAAACAGAGAUGAAGAUGCCUCUCGACCUCACUUGUGAAGAUAACUUUGUUUUAUGCGCUGGAAAAUGUGAUAUUUCUAUGUUUCUUAGUUGAUAGGCUAGAAAAGACAUAUAUGGCCACACAUGAAACAUUAAUGACUAGCUUUUCAGCUACUUUGUGAGCAAAGAUGAAAACUACUGGGAGUGGGGAUAGAAACCUUGAGAGGUCAGAUCAACGAGAACAUUAUAAUAUAUGUAAUAUGAGAGCUAGUGGCUUGAUCCUAAGGUAUAUUUAUUCAGGAACUGCAGUAAGUUCAACAGGACUUACUAGGAAGUUCGCAUGCAUUGGAUAGUCAAAUGGUAGCAGACCCAAGUCUUGAAGCCUCAGUCAACACCAAACACCUGAAAAAUGGGGGGAGAUUUUAUUUGGAGCAAAAACCAUAGUAAAGGCCAUAUUCUCAUUCCAACACGAAGACAGUGAGACAGAAGCUACCAUCUUGUCUUUCGUAUUAAAAAAAAAAAACAUGGCCAGGUCCUCAUGUUUCUUUUGAUAUGCAAGAAUGUCGCCAUGGGGCUUACUGUGACCACUCUACAUGGCAAAUUCUUCUUGAAUGCCCCCUCGAUUGUGUUCAAACAAAAUCAGCUUUCAGCAUUUCCCCCCUUAACAUGGAUUUUACCAUAUAAAUGAAUCCAUCAUGAAAAUGUACUGCUAUGGAGGGUCUGGCUAUUUUCAUCAUGGCACAACAAUUCUAUUUUUGCAGUUUGCCACUGCGCAGUAAAAAAAAAAAAACCAGAACUAAGCAUGGAACUACUCACACAAGCAAUCACCAUGUGGUUGCUUUUCAAGCAGCAGUAGUCUGCUUUGACAGCACAUGUAAACAAGAUGUGUGGACUACUCUACAAAAGUCUGUAUCUUUCUGAUAAUGAGAGUAUUGUUAUGUCAAUUACUUGGACCUUCAUGGGCUAGCUACCUUCUCUCCCCACCCUCAUCACAGGAAAAAAAACCUGGCAUUUUUACUACAGUGACAGCAGCCCACUUCUGGGGCAAUAUUCUGCUCUGUAUUGCAACCUCCUAUUGGUCCAGCUGUGAGCAAAAAAAAGAGUCUGCUGAGACUGGCAGGGGUUGGUAUGAUGGAAAGAACAACCCCCAAGCCUAGAUAUCUUGUUCAUUUCCAUCUUACUGUAAUCACCCACUGUCAAGGGCUAGAAACAUUUGUUCCUGCUGAAAGCUGGUUCCUGAGCCCUCUUUCUGUGGGUGUCUGUCCAAAGAAGAAUGUAAGCCCAAGAGAAUGUAUACAGCCAACAUGGUUCUUUCUUGGUAACAGACAGCUUUGCUGUGUGAAAGAAAACUGUGGACUGGCGAUGUUCAAUGUGUGUGAUUCAUACAGUAAGUAGAUAUAUGCAAGAUUAAGGCAUCACUCUAACAAGAUUAGUGGUGUGACAAAGUGAAGACAUGAUUUGUAGUGUUUACACAUGCAUCUCUGCUUUGUAUACAAGUUCAUGUCUUGCAUUAUCACUACGUUGUGUACUUGUACAGCACAUUGUGUUACCAUAAAAAUGUUUCAUUAUGUCUUUUAGAAACAGCUCAGGGCAAACAUCAAGUUCUUGUAGCAUUGGGGUUUGUUCUAAGAUACUUUUGUUGACAGGGUUUCAAGAAGUGGAACUGUACUGUGCUAUCAGGCUGCAGAGGUGCCCCUUGUCCUUAGGUAGAGGGGACAGAACAGAAUAGGUUACACUAACAAUGCAAUCUUUAGAGUUACUCCAAUCUAAGCCCAUUCAUUUCAAUGGACUUAAACUGGAGUAUCUGUGCAUAAGAUUGCUCUGUUAAGAACCCCAGUUCUGGUCCAUUCUUGCCUCUAAUAAUCAAAAUUUUACAAAGAAUUGCACCAAAAAUUAUAUGCUUUCAAGUUGUCCUGUGUCUGACUAUUUUGAAGAUUCAAAUGGUAGAGUCAUUUAUUUCAGCUGCUGGUGAAAUACAAAGUCCUUGAAGGCUAAAAGGUUUCCUUUGUUUUUUCACCAAAUUCCCAUGUGGGUUUUUUCCUAUGUAAGGGUGUGAAUACUUUCUUCUCAAGGAGAUUCCAACAGUGCAAUCCUAUGAAAAAUCACUCCAGUAUAAAUCCAGGGAGUUAGACUGAACUACCUCUAUAAGUUACCACUGUAAAUUUCUCUCAAGGCAAGUUCCUGCUGAACAUUACAAUUUUAUUUUAUUUACUCAUUCAAAAAUGUACACCCCAUUCCAUCUAUCCUAAAUGGUGAACUGUGCUCAUUCAACCAUUAAGAACUGCUUUAAUAUCUCUUUGUGGAAUUUUAAAAUCUAGCUUUGGCUUAAACUGUACUUUAAAUGGAAGUUGUUGCUUCUUGAUAGACUGAUCAUAGAAAAAAAGCUACUUUCUACCAUGUGCAUGUGAUAGUAUGACAAUAGGUCAAGCAGAUGCACAGCUCACUUCAGAAACAGGCACAUAAGGCAAGCACAUCCGUUUCAGGAGCAUUUUAUCCUCAUAAUGGAGAGGUCUGUAGAACCCCGAUGUACAACUGCUCAGUAUAGCUCCCCUGAGAGGAGCCCAAGGUCAGACAUGACUUGGGAUGCCCUUUCCUUUGCCAACAGAGGGGCCUUGCCUUUUAACUACAUAAGCUGUAGACAUUAGUAGAUAUACCUUCCCCUCACCACUGCAUGUUAAUGCUAAGAAAAGCUGUUGAAUUUGUCCAUUGCACUCUAUUUAAACACAACCCCUCUGUCAGAAAAGUAAGGGGCAAUCCACAGCAUGAACCAUUAUCCCAUACACCUUCAAUUACUGGGCCUUGCUCUCUCAGCCAUAGCUUCCCACAGUGCACACCAGAGGAUGUCUGGCUUUGUCUAUGUGGCAGACCUUCUCUUAUGAGGCCUUUUCACCCACCUGCCUCCCUCAGUUCCUACCUUCAGCAUUUCUUUCCCCUUCUCCUUCCUCACAAGCAGCUGCAUGUUUGUAAGUUUGAGUUCAGUCGAUGAAACUGUUUUAUUUCAAUGACAGCCAACUAGCAAUUCCUGUGUAAUUGCCACACUGUAACACAUGGAAAAAAAAUAAAAUCCUUUCUAAGGAUAAACAGAGA